AUGCGCUUGUUGGAGUUGGACCAUUCGCGGGUGAACAUCAACGGUGGCGGAGUGUCACUUGGCCACCCUUUGGGGGCAUCCGGGGCUCGCAUUCUAUGCACACUCCUCAACGUGCUUUCUCAACAGGACGCCGAGACAGGAUGUGCAGCCAUUGCAAAUGGUGGAGGGGGCGUCAUGGUCGCAAUCGGGACCGGAGCAUAUAUGCUGGCCUCAUGGACCAGAAUGCCUGCGUCCACAGCUUGGCAAGCAGCCAAGCGCCACGCCGCCUCUGCUUCCGUGCAUGUGCCGGAGGUUCUCAUCGCGUCGGCGGGCGGCAACAUCUCCAAGCUCAGUGGGGCUGUGGCCAGCAGGCUGCGUGAGGGACAAGUCGCGCGUCUGUCCGCGAUUGGUCCGCCAGCACUUCACUCCGCCUUACGCUCCCUUACGCUGUCGGGGCACUGGCUGAGCAAGGAAAAAGAGGACCAGGAAUUGCUGUUCGUCGCCGAACGGCAUGUCCAGAAGCAGGAGCAGAACGAGUACAUUGAGAUGCGACUCGUGGCGGAGCUCUUUCCGAAGUCGGGCCAGAAAGCACGCGAGGAGGUGGUUCCCAUUUCUCAGAAGACCAAUGUUGGCCAAGCGGCAGCGUUUAUGGCAUCUCGUUUGGCAGAGGAACCCGAGGUCACGCUUGCACUGCGGAGUGUUGGCGCGGUCGCAGGCAGUCAAGCCAUCAAGGCCUUGGUCAUCGCAAGAAAAUACGUCCAAAAAGCUCAUCCGGGAGAGGAUCUCGUGGUUUGUGCUCGUGAGGAAGCGAAAUCGGACAACAGCAUGGCUUCGAGAAGUAAUGCUUCGGCUUCGGAAUCCAAUGCCAAGCAGAUGGUUCUCGCCUGCCGUCGGCAGCCGGCAAGGGAGCGUUCGCUUGCCACUACUGCAGCCGACGGCACUGUGCUCAUUCGAAGGGCAAGGUCAGGCCACGCCCGCAGGAUGGAGUCAGCCAGGAGUGCAGCGUUUAAUGCAGAGGACGUAUCCCAGCCAUCCACGGUGGUCACAACCGUGGCCGCUACAACUGCACUGCCCACUACCACGGCAAUCCUUGCUACACCGCUGGCAACUGUGAGCCCUACUCGUAUCCCUAGCACACCACCUUUGCUACCAGGCAUGAAGCCUCGCAGCGUCACUUCCGUGCCAACCCUGGCUCCACGGACCGCCCUCGCCAAGAGGGCACUCCCGAAGAGAGCAAAACUGGCCUCCCCGACAGCAAAGAGCAAGACCGCACUCGCCAAGACGAGAAGAGCAAGACAGGCUUUACGUCGCAAGAGAAAGGGGGUCACCGGGAACACCACCAAAGCGAUGUCGGCCGCAUCAACUGCCAAUGCAUCUGACGAGCCCGGAGACGGAGAUGACAGCGGAAACGGCUCAGAAGGCAAUGGCUCCAGCUCCGAAUCAAGCGGCGGAGCUGACAAGGAAGCGGUGGAGGCCAAAUCCAGCCCCAACUCGUCUUUGCCUUCGCCACCUGAGCCCUCACAGGGUUGGAUCUCCUGGGUCUUCUCCAACUGGUUCUACUUGGCCUUCUUUUUCGGUACACUUAUGCCGGCCUGCAUGGGGUUGAUGGCAUGGAUGCCGAUGCUGAUGCGGAUGGCCGGGCGCAGGACCGGGCCUCCCAAAGAGGAAUUUUUGCCCGAGCUGGUGCAGCAGCUUGCAGCAAUGUCUGUACUUCAUGACCGCGGUGGCAGUCCUCGAGUCAAGGUGGGUGUUGGGCUUGCUGCUGCGGCUCUGGGGAUGAUGGCGUGGGCCGCAGUUCACGAAAGAGGCUUCGAUGGAGGCAGGCGGCUGUCCGCUCAGCAAUGGACGUCUGAAGCGGGCUAUGUUACCGGACAGACGCAGAUGACGGCUCAUGACACCUUGAGCGAAAUUCUAGCAGACGCUUCGGAUACAGAGGAGAGCAGUCAAGCCGCUGGACACCUUCAAGCUUUGCAGGGUCUGCUGAAGCAGUUUGAUGAUAACGAUGGUGAGAUUGGCGAAACCUCUCAAGCGGCGAGCUCAAUCCAGCCGGAACCGAAGAUCGCCGACAGCCGAUCGGGUUUAGGCGAAGCAGGUGACGAGAACCUGAGCGAUGAGGGGGGCCGAAAUCACCCAGGCGAGGCCGAGAGUGAUCGAGGCGACACUCCCCAGAGGCUACGUGAAACGCAGUUUCAAGUUGCCCAGAUGGAAAGAGCCCUGCAGCUGGUACAGGCGAGUGCCUCACAGCCGCACAUCGAUCUGAAAGACUUUCAGCUCCACAGCCUCGGCCCAGUCAUCCCACAAGCCAUGCCAAGAGCCUUGACGACCUUGUGCUUGUCCGGCAACGCCUUCGGAAACAUGGAAGACUUGUCCAGGGCGCUGUCCGGCUUGCGGAACCUGCGCAGUCUCGAUCUGUCGUCAUGCCGUUUGGAAGCUCUGACAUGCUUGCCGAAGCUGGCUCUUGAGAAGCUUGACGUGUCAAACAAUUUCCUGUCCUCUUCCGCAGGCGUCGCAAGGUGUUCUCAGUUGCACUACCUAACCUUUGCAACAAACCGGUUGACGAAGACUGACCAGAUCGAAAUGCUGCUGAAUCUCAGUGUGCUGGACUUGUCAGAGAACCGGUUGAACUCCAGGCAACUGCUGCGGCCACUAGCAGCUUGCUCCCGCCUUGAAUCUCUUCAGAUCCACGGCAAUCCGCUGUCUCAGUCAAAGCACAGGGCAUGGGUGGCCAGCAUGUUUCCAGCGCUUAUUUGGCUGGACGAGGAUGUGUUGCGGCCACAGCGUCUACGAAAGAAUAGGCAACCUGGAGCUCAUCCACAUGAUCGUCCUUCUCUGCCAGAUCGGAUGCAGCAGACUGAUGUGAAAGCAAGCCAGCCAAAGGACACUUCUGUCGAGUACAUGGAGUACAAUUGUCGAUAUGCACGGCCCACCAUCAGCAGCAAGAUGGCGCAGGCCUCCAACUCGGAGGCUCCGCAGCCCGAUCCCAAACAGCCCAAGCGAAACGUCAAGAAGACGACCUCUGCAGCAUCCUUCGCAGGCUUCGCGCCUGCAGCCAGACCUCGCCGAAACAAUUCGCAACCAGUCCCUUUCCGGGCCAACCAGCCGAGCCCCAAACAUUUUCCACAAAAGACACAUCAAUGCGACACUCGUGAAGCCAAGACGGCGGCAUCGAAGUGUCUGCAGGGUGUGGGGAAGGACACGGAGUCUGCAGCUCUGUCAGCUUCGGUGGGUAUGCAAACGCGACACUCUACCUUGUGCCGCGAGCUGAUCGAGGAGAAGCGAAGGCUGUUGCAGCGAGUGAGCGCAAAACUCGGGGAGGGUGUGGCUACUGCAAUGUCAGCUAGACUAUCCACGGCAACCGCUGACUCAGCCGGGGUCUUUGCCCCGCAGCAUGAAGACCACGCAGACAUCAGGUCUCUUUGCGACAGCUUGCGCCACGCGCAUGGGGCUCCAACGUGUAAAACAUUGAUGCGCCUUUUCAAGACCGUGGCGGCGUCGCCGCAGGCAGCUCUUCACCGGAUGUCCGGCACCGGCAAGCCGAACUUGCAAGAAUGGACGGAUGCAAUCCAGGAUUGGAACUGGGGACUCUCAAGGUCUCAGAUCUCUUCGAUGUUUCAUGGCAUCGACUCUGCGAUGGACGGACAGGUUGACAUCCAUGAGCUCCUCGCCUGUUUCAGGCGUGGAGAAUACGAAGGACAGUUUUGGCAGUCUGCCAAAGCACCGUCCUCUGUUGCAAGCUUCCAGCCGGAAGCUAUUCCAGCGCAGGCAACCUCUAAGUACGAUUGCUAUGAUGGCCUGGACAUGUGGCGGUUUGAGUGGUCGAAGGAGAAGACGUUGUCCUGCAGCCUCAUUAGUGCCAGCGAGCUGCGAGGAAGCCUCGCCCCGGAUCUAACACCUGCACAGGUCGUCAAGCAAAUGGACACCAAUAUGGAUGGAGUAGUCAGCCACGAUGAGUGGCUGGCGGCUGCAACCGGAUUCUCCGGUCAUGGUCCUUUUUUGAAGAGCCUGACCGAGCCGCGAGCAGAAUUUGCCUUCAAGUCCAUCGAUGUGAGUCAGGAUGGGAACCUCAACGAGAUGGACUUGGCGAAUUCACUGGGCUUGCAGGAUGCAAGCCUACCACUGGGAGCUGCGCCCCCGACCUCUGCAGGUGUCUCAAUCGACACUUUGAAGACUCGUGUCUUGGGCCGGUGGUCCACAUUGUCCAAUGCCUUCCAGAAGAUGGACCAGGACGACAACCACCGGCUGAGUCGCGACGAGGCUUGGUUGGCCAAAGGCCUGGGGAUCCGUGCUGCAAGUGUUGCUGUGCAAAGCGCUUUGUGCAAUUUGGCGCAAUGCCGGGCGGGCAAGAUGUCGUCGUCUUGGACCCCACUGGAAGCUCAGCUCUUACAACAAUCGGGGGGAGCUUUCGAUCCGCAGCAGAUGCGGUCGCUUCGGCGGCCGCCAGCCUCCCGACGGCAGGCCUCCGGUCUCUCCGAUCGCAUCUCCAUCUUGACGCCCACGACAGCUUCGCGCCGUGAGUUUCACAAGCAGCUUUGGGCCUGUUUCGUGGCCCAGACAUGGUCGGACAAGGAAUUGGUUGUGGUGGAGACUUACGAGGACGAGCCUUCUGAAGUUCUUGAAGCUCUGGCAGAGCAGGAUGAGCGGCUCGUGCAUGUAGCUCUCCAUCGACUCCCUGGCGAGGAUUUCAGUGUUGGACUGAAGCGCAACAUGUGCGUUUGCUUAGCGAGUGGUGAUACCUGCCUCAACUUCGACGAUGACGACUUGUAUGCCGAUGGCUACUGUGAAUGGAUGAUCGGAGAGAUGAGAAGGCAUGGCUGGGGAGCUGCGACACUCUCCUCCUGGCACAAUUACUUCGUCCGAAGUGGGGUCUGCGGCUACUCGGAUCCAGAAUCUUGGGAUGUGGAGGACUUGCAGGAAUUGACGGAGACCAUAUAUGGAUACGGCUUCAGCUACGCCUUUUUACGAUCACUGGCACUUUGCCAUCCAUACCCUGAUCUGGACUUUGGCGAAGAUGCUCCUUUCAUGCUUCAUUUGCGGAGUGUACUCGGGGAUGCUCGGGUGGGGCUGCUCAGAGACGAAGAGGGGAUGUGUCUACACAUCAUUCACCGAGACAGCACGUGUGUUGACCCGGAAGUUUCCCACCUCCUCUCGGACGAUGAGCUUGAAAGUCUCCAGGUUUCUCAUACCGAAGCCUUCCGCAAGAUGAAAACCCCGUGGCACGUGGUGCUCUGGUUCAGCACGGGCUUGGAAGAGCUUCGGCCGCCCAUUGAAGAUAAGGCGGAGAUGGCACACCUCUUCGAAGGUUUUGAUGCACUGAACGACGGCAGAAUCACGCCUCCAGAGUGGCAUGGUACAUUGCAGAGUGGACAGCUCUUCCAGUCUCCAGAGGCCCUGCAGAAGGUACUGCACAUGGGCGCGGCAGAUAGCUCGAGCUGGAUUCACCGGUCGCCUCCGCAGACAGAUUCCCACGAAGGGGCAGAGCAGAUCUCUGACCGCUCCAAGCUGAGCGGAAAUCUGGAAACUCUCUCUGCACACGCAGAAGGCAAGUUUCGGGAGAAGGCUGUGCAAUGGGCGGGGAGCAUGAGGAGCGCAUGCUCGAAAAUGGGUAUCCUCCAUGGCGACAUCUCGCCGAGCGCCUUCCAAGCGGCCAUCGGAGCCUUCGAGCCGCUCCUGGGGGGUGAAACCGCCAGCGCCUUGUUCAACAAGAUUGACGCGGACCACAAUGGCUUUAUCAGCAGCCAAGAGUGCUUCCUAUCGCAGCAAGAACUGCGGGAGCAGCUUUCAUCCGUGAAGUCGCUGCGCAACCUGUUCUGUGAUGCUGAUUUCAACAACGAUGGUCAGCUUUCGCGGGACGAGUUCGGGAGACUUGGAAAGCUCUUGGACAAGGGGUCAUCUGCGGAGAGGUAUUCAGCCUACUUCGAUGAGCUAGCCGGGACUGGCCAGCCACCGCUCACACUGGCAGCUCUUGAGAUGCUGGCUGGCAGAUCCGAUUCUUCCCAGCACGUAUUGUCCAAAGAAGAGAGCUCAAAGUACAACCUUCCUGCAAUUGUUCAUGGAAAGUGCAUUCUCAGUGUGAAGGGGGACAGUGUCCCACCUGGAUUGAGUGAGAAGGUGGGCAAGGCUUUCUCUACCACCCUCUCGCAGCAGCUGGGGGUCACAGUCAGAGUCGCAGGGUCGCAGGAGCAACGUGGAACAACAUCAAAAGAGUUUGAUGUGCUGUACACUUCCAAGACACAAGAUGGUGCAGUAGUUAUGCACAAGCUGCACGACAAUGCCGGCAGCAUUCAGUCGGAGUUGGAACAGGCAGUUGCAGCGAUGAUCUCAACAUCUGCUUCCACGACUGCUUGGUGCAAGAGCACUCUGGACUUUUACGGUCCUGAGGCGGGCAAUCUCCCAAAAGGCCAAAAAGUCACGCAGGAAUUUGGUCAACUGGCCGGCAAGGCCAAGGAAAGUGCGGUCCCGUAUGUCACAGGGCACUGA